AUGGACAAUAUCAGUAUACCUAGUACUGCUUGUGAACUUACCAAUUCUUCUGCUCAAGGAGCAACAGCAGUGGAAGCCCAAACUGUUGAUAUAAUUACUCAACAGAUUGUGCUCUCUAUUGCUGCAGUUCAUGCAAAGAAAAGGAAAGCGGUUGAAGCCAGAUCAAGAGUUUGGGAUCAUUUUCAAAAGAUUUCUGAUAGUAAUGGUGUUACUAUAGAAACAAAGUGUAUCUAUUGUGCAAAGUUGUAUCAAUGUCAAUCAAAAAAACAUGGUACUACAUCUUUAAGGAACCACAUGGUUAGCUGUAUGAAAAACCCUCACUCUAAAGAUACUAGACAGUCCCUUAUGAUAUUUCAAGUUGUUGCUACUAGUGAUGCAUCUGAACCAACUGUGGGAGAGUUGGGGACAUGGGGAUUUAAUCAGGAAACCAUUAGGAGAGGCUGA